AAUUAAAAGUAUACAAUUUAGUUAGGAUGACUUCCAGUAGUUCCAAUGGAUCCUAGUAAGAAUUGACCUAACAUCAAAUAGUUCAAUUGUUCAAUCACAAUAAAUAACCUAAUUUAAAAAUGGCGGAUCGCCUAACUCAACUUCAAGACUGUAUAAACCAACAAGCCGAACACUUUUGCAACAGCAUCGGAAUCUUGCAGCAGUAUGCCGCCCCGAGUAAGUUUCCCGGUUUCGACAGAAGCGGCUCGCAAACACCCCAACAGCACUCCCAGGAGGACUACGUGCAGCUGUUCACGACGUUAAUAGCGCGGUGUUCCAAAGACAUUGAUACGUUAAUCGAAUCUUUACCGAGCGAGGAGAACGCCAUGGAACUGCAAUUGCAGAGCUUGCGAAUUCUAGAGGCCGAAAAUCAGGAGGCCGCCGAACGACUUCAGGCGGUCGUGCAGAGAGGCCAGGAACUUUUAGAGCAGAUACAAGCCGCCUUGAGCGAUAUCGCUCAGGCCCAACUCGACAUGCAGCAUUUAACGAAAUUAGUGAAUCCUAACGAGGAGUGUUAACGAGUGGGAAAUAAACGUAAAGACUUUUGUCAAAGAAACUUGUACUAACGAUAGAUUUACAGUUUUAGAUAGAUUUUAAAAUAGAUAACGAAUAUUUUGAAUUGAAA